UCAGUGGGUAGGUUGCACAAUGACAGCUGUCAAAGUUGCAGCGCGAAAAAACGGCGGGCGCGGAAUCUGUAGUGAAAUAAUGGAGGAGGACUGGAAAAAAAACCCGCAAUCGACUAGAGAAUAUUUCGGUUGAUACCGCGCAUGCGUUAAACGCAAAACUGCCGGCGCGGCGGCUCAGAGACAAGAUGGCCUCCGUACAGCGCGUCCCGAAUUGAUUUUAUAACGUCGAAAAUAUAUUAGGCUAGCCGCGGAGAACGUUUCGAACCAGCUAUUCAUUUAAGUAAAACCGCGGAGACAAGACGAAAGCGCGAAUUAAAAUACGUAACAUGAGUUAGCGUUUCAAAGGAAAACCAUAUAUAUUUUAUUUUGCAUAUUAUUUCGGUGUAGUAAAAAAAAAGAAAAUAGUUUUUCAAUGAUCCCCGUGCCCGUGUGAUGUUUAAGUGCCGGCGGUUCCUACGUCUCGGCAGGCGGACGUGAGUAUUGAGACGCACAUUUUUCUUAAUAUGUCAGAUUAAUAAUGGAACGUGUGACCUAAAAUCUAGACUAAUACGGUUAGUGACAGACUAAACACGUUAGCAUCUGCAUAGGCGUGACAUAAUAGUGUUUUUUUUUUUUGUGUGUGUGUGUGUUGAAUUAUGCCAGCAACUAUUUUUACAAUUCACCCUUGGAAGAAAAACAUUUUUGAAAAUCGAAUUUCGAGUUUCAUUUUGAAAUAUGUAGAAAGAAGCACGUAGUCCGAAAAAAAAUUGAAUUUGUAAAAAAAAAACCAUCCAAAACAUAGCCAUGCUCAAAACAUUCGGACAGAACUGACGUAGCAACAAAUCAUUUGGCUUCCGCAAACGUAUCUUCCUAUAACCGAACUGGUGGCGACGGCAUUUGAUGUUCAAAAGCAGCAAUUGCUUAUAGCGUUUUGUUAGUAAACGGCUCGUCGGCAAGAUGGCGUCUUGUGUUGGCGCGAAUUAUUCAAGCGGCAGUGACUACACCCCGGUCGCCGAGUUCUAUGCGGAGAAAUCGGUUUUUGUCACGGGCGGCACCGGCUUCAUGGGGAAGGUCCUUGUCGAGAAACUGCUUAGGAGUUGUCCGAAAAUAAAGAAGAUAUACCUGUUGAUGCGACCGAAGCGAGGACAGGACGUCGCGUCACGACUAACGGAGCUGACCCAGUCACCAUUGUUCGAGACUUUAAGGAAAGAACGACCUCAAGAAUUAAACAAAAUAGUGCCAAUAGUCGGGGACAUCACCGAGCCAGAGCUGGGCAUCAGUCAGACCGAUCAGAUGCUGCUCUGUCAAAUGGUGUCGGUGGUCUUCCACUCGGCUGCGACAGUGAAAUUCGACGAGAAACUGAAGCUGUCCGUCACGAUCAACAUGCUCGGGACCCAGCAGCUCGUCCAGCUCUGCCAUCGUAUGCUCGGUCUUGUGGCUCUCGUUCACGUUUCGACGGCGUACUGCAACUGCGAGAGGGAGAGGGUCGAGGAGACGGUGUACGCGCCGCCGGCCGACCCGGGGCACGUGGUCGCGCUGGUGCAGACCCUGCCCGACGAGCUGGUGGACAGGAUCACGCCGCACCUAGUCGUUCACAGGCCUAACACGUACACGUUCACGAAGGCUCUGGCCGAGGAUAUGCUGAUCAAGGAGAGCGGGAACCUACCAGUUGCGAUCGUACGACCUUCAAUCGUGCUCUCCUCCGUUCGGGAGCCAGUGAAAGGUUGGGUCGACAACUGGAACGGUCCUAAUGGCAUCGUCGCCGCUGUGGGGAAGGGCAUCUUCAGAACGAUGCUGGGUUCCGGAGACAAGGUCGCUGACCUCGUCCCGGUCGAUACCGUUAUCAACCUGAUGAUCGUGUGCGCCUGGAGGACGCAUUUAAGACGGGAUCAGGGCGUCGUAGUUUACAACUGCUGCACCGGCCAACAGAAUCCGAUAACGUGGAAACGUUUUGUAAAAUCAAGCUUCAAAUACAUGCGGAAACAUCCUUUUACUGAAGUAGUUUGGUAUCCUGGAGGUGACAUCACCAGCAACAGGCUGAAGCACAACGUGCUGACGCUGAUGCAGCAUCGGGCGCCGGCUGUGCUCAUGGACCUGGUCUCCAGGACCACUGGCAACAAGCCCAUGAUGGUCAGGGUUCAAAAUAAGUUGGAGAAGGCGGCCGCCUGUCUGGAGUACUUCACCACGCGCCAGUGGUCGUUUGCGGACGACAACGUGCAGGCGCUCUGCUUGCUCCUGUCCCCCGAAGACAGGAGGACCUUCGACUUCGACGUGAAGAACAUCGACUGGGACGCUUACAUCGAGUCCUACGUGCUCGGGAUCAGGAGGUUCUUGUUCAAAGAGAGCCCCGAGACGUUGCCCAAGUCCCGGUCGCUAUUGAAGAGAUUACACAUAAUCCAUAUACUAACUCAAGUAGCGGCCGUGUUCUUCAUUUGGAGAUUCCUGUUCUCCCGCUCGGAGGUCCUGCGCGGACUGUGGCGGCGCAUCGUGGACCUGCUGACUCGCGCAGCCCGCCUCCUCGCCAUAGCCUGAUGCUCAACGCCGGUAUAUAUACUAAAUAACUGACAGCGCCCAUUUUUUAUAUUAGGAAUGCUUCCGUAAUCGCUACAAAUCUACCUACGUGUGACCGGUGUGCGUCAGGUUCGAAGAGUUCAGACCGAUGACUGAUUCCGCGUGCAAUGCUCAAGACGAGAACGUUUCAGGCUUUAAAACUGAACGGAACGAUGUCCGUCACUCGUGCGCUGACGUCCGCACUACAAUGAAUAAACAAGAAAGGAUUCGAAAGAAAUCUGUACAUAAAAACGGCAGUUGAAAAGUUCGGCGAAACGGUCUUUGGGCUUUUCGUGUGACAAUUGAACGACAGUAUGUUUAUUAUAAAUAUAGCAAGCAAUACCUACCAUCAUGGACACGAAAAUUCGGACGGUGUUCAUUUAGUAAAUGUAACCCAAAGUACAAUUAAUGCUAAAGCAAUUGAUGUUCUUACAGUAAUUAUCGAAGCAGAAUCAAGACAAGUCGUUGUCAUGUGUGACACCAAUAGAGAUAUUAAUAUAAACGAAACGGCUUAUGAGAUGUUAAAAUAGACAUAUUUUAAUCGCGAAAUCGUGAAAAAACGGGUUGAGAAAUCUGUGUUUUUUUUUGUCUCGCUUCUUGCGUCCUUUGUGUGUGAAUAGAAACAUCUAGAACGAUGUUACUUUGUUAUUUGUAUCCAAUAAUUAUUUCCAUAACGCUAGGCUGUUCACAAUAUUUAUUAUAGGUUCCGUUAUCGAUCGGUAUAUGUAAUUAAUAGUUAUUUCACAUUUUGUACCUUCGUGAAAGCUUGACGAGGUUGUGUGCGUCUUCGCAUACACAGACGGACCGACAAAGAAACUCGAUUCGGUACUGUCGUUGUUGUAUUAAUUAGUUAAAUUAAUUGGAGGAUGGUGUUGUUUUGCGUGAAAACGUCCCGAAGUUCGAUCGCUUAAACAACAUUCGUGACUCGAAAACGUGGAAAGCUCAAAAAAAUAUAUAGAGAUACACACUAGUCAUCUACUUUGUAAAGAAAUAAUAUUUAAAGUAAAAAAAAAAAAUGUAUAUUGAAUUGCAUAGGUAUCCAAGUAAUGAUUAAAGUUUUAAUGAAAGUUUUCAAUUGUUAUAACAAUUUUUAGGUUCUUUUUUCUUUCGGGUCUGCUAUUUCGUAUCAAGCAAAAAGGAAACAAUGUUUUUAAACAAUGGGAACUCUUGUGUCUUGGUUUGUUAUUUUGAAAAACGCAUGCGUGCGAAACCUCUCCACGUACUAGAUCAUUAUGGAGAUCGAGUUUAUAAGAUAGGAAUAGCAGACUUUGAUAAUAUACAAAAGGUGUGGUGAGGCGGUAGGUAGCGGCUAGGAAUGUAGUUUUGCAGUAAUGAAUUAAAAAAUAAAACAAACAUUAAAAUUUUUAAGAAAGCGCUUCCCAAAUUGGGGAUAGAAAUAUUAUACGUCACCAUUUUUUGCGUUUAUUCUUCGGGGAUUAUAUCAUAUUCACAUUUAAAUGUUUCAAAAGGCUUAAAGAUUUACUAUUUUUUAGUUCCGGGUAAAUUCUACCAUAACGUACAAUCGUUGUAGCUCUACGUUAAUGUCAAACAAAAGUCAAAUAUUUUGCGUAAUACGUAAAUCUUGCAUACGGUUAUUAUCAGAUAUAAUUACAUUUUUAAAACUCAAUCGUAAGUUGAACAAUAACUUUUAUAGUUUCGGAAAAUAUACGAAUAUCACCAGUGUAAAGUUAUGUAUGUUAUAUACAUAUGGAUUUUAAGUUUAAAUAUUAUUCGAAUCGGUUUUGGUUUAUAUAGACGAUUUUGUAAUUACAUCAUGAAAUUGAAUUGAAUGAAUCCAUAAUUCAGGGUCACAUUUAUUUUCAUUCCAUAAAUACGUUAUCCUAAACUAUUUAUUCAUCAUACAUUUCGUACUAAAGUUUUUUUUAAACUUUAUUUAACUUCCUCGAUCCUUAAUAUUUGCUCUUCCAUUUUUCCUAUCGACGUGUUGAAAACUUAAAAACUUUCCAUACAAUCACAACUACGCUUCCUUGAUAAUGUUUAAAUAUAAUUAGUCAUAUUUUGUUGGAAAGUGUUAAAGCUACGAAACUAAACGCUGGCGUUGCAAAAUAAUAUAGAAUAUCGGAAAUAACUCUGAGUCUGAUUGCUUAGUCUUAAAUGCCAAACAAACUUUAAAAGCAUAUUUUUCCAUAUUAUCCAUGUUUUUUAGUAUUAGAUAAUCAUGAAAAUUUUGGUGUAAAAUUUAUUUGAUCUCAAUGAUACCUAUUCCAAUGACCAAGGUUUUUUUUUAAAAAAAAAAAGGGUUAAUGCUAUCAUUUCAUUGCUUCCAAAUUUUCUCCGAAAUCACUUUCACAUGUUCAUUUGAAGUCCUAUCAAUUAUGGGCGUAUUCCUUGUCUUCUAUAAAAUCUAAAUUUAUUAAUUAACUGUUUCACCAAAACUGUUUUCGUGAAGGAUUUUUUUUUUUCUAACUUAUAACGUAUUAUGACAAAUCUAUUAUUACAACGUUUUCUCUUCGUAGUCACUUAGAUUUCUAGUUUAAAUAAAUAAAAUAAAAAACAGAAAUGUUGGUUCAGUCUUGCACUGAGUACUUGUUAAAUAAUGCCUAAGUUCAUACUGCAAGUUAAGUGUUAGAAUAUUAAUUAAUUAUUAAGUCUAACAGACUAUGACGCUCUCGCUUUGAUAUUAUUGAAGAUUUUCAUAGAAUGGAUUUUAAUUUUGACCACCUUAAUCGCAGCAUUUGAAUUUUCAUAUCAAAUGAAAAAUUACAUAUAUAAGCUAUGGUAUGCAUUAUGAGAGAGAAUCUAGGAUUAAUUACUAUGGCUAAUUUUGUACAUGAAAGCUUGGUUGUAGAAUUAAAGUUUUGAAGUAUAUAAAAAUAGACCAAGUUCCAAAAAGCUUUGACGAUCAAAAUUCUUCAAUUUCAUUCCUAAUUUUGUUUAUAUUUCUUGGGUUGGAUGUUAUCGAGUAUUGUGUCAAAAGUCCAUUCUGUGCUUUUUCGUGGGUUGGGUUAAUUUAUUUUUAUCAUCAAUGCAAAAAUUCAAUUCCGGGAAGGAGAUGUGAUUUCUCAUGUGAACAUUUUGACCAGAAAUUUCAGUUUGAAACUGCAUUGUUUUUCGGUUAUUUUAGUUUGCAUGUUGACCGUAAUAUACCAGAACAAAGCACACACGAUCAGAAAUUGAAUAAAAUAACACUUGGUGACACCCAGCUAUUGCCUUUUAAGAUGUUUCACUUUCUUGAGAAACGUAGAUUCAGAUUUUGAGUUUCAUCAGUUGCCAAUCUGCUUGUAAUGUUAACUAUAAAGCCCAAUUUCCCAAGUAAGUUUAUAUGGCCAUUUAAAAAUGACAGUCAUUUGGUUUUCUUUGUUACUUGUUUGUGUAACAAAUGGUCAAUUAGCAAACUUUUUUUAUUCUGGUCAAAUGCUUUACCUAGAUGACAUGCUAAUGGUUGCUUUAAGAUGUUUGUUUUAAAUUAGCGGUGUCCAGUGAUCGAAUAAUGUUUGACGGAAAAUUUGAAAUUUUUAUUGAAUAUAUACCUGUAAAAACGUAUAUGUAGAUUACUAAUUUCACUGGGCAUUUGUUUUUGCUUGUAAGUAUAAAUAUAUGUAAAUUUUGAAGAAAACACAGUUUUUGUUAUUUUAGCGGGCUUGUAAAGUUUUUUUUUUUCAUUUCAUUUUUACCUAUGUUUUAUUUAUUUAAUUAAACAAUUAAGGUAGUUGAAGAAAGAAGUUGUUUGUGUGUAUUUAUUGUGUAAAAUAUUGAGUUACCCAAAGUUGAAUCCAAAUAUAUUUCUGCCAUUAUA